AUGAAGAUGAUGAUGAUGUUGAAGAGCCGUUCCCAAUCUUCUAUUCUUCUCUGGUUAGUGAUGGUGGUGGUGGUGUUUGCUCUCCUUGAUUCUUCUUCGGCAGCCGGGAGAACGGCACUGGUGGGUGACUGGAGGCCGAUCAAAGACGUGAACGAAACUCACGUCCAAGAGAUUGCUCAGUUCGCGGUGGGAGAACACAACAAGGAGUACAAGACAGAGUUGAAGUACGAUCGUGUGGUUCAAGGUGAAACCCAAGUCGUCGCCGGUGCAAAUUAUCGCCUCAUCAUCGCUGCAAAGGACGGUGUCGUCUCCAACAAUUACCAAGCCGUCGUUUAUGAGAGGCCAUGGGAGGGUUUUAAGAAUCUCACUUCCUUCAAGCAACUCUAGAUUCCAUACCAUUUGUAA